AUGGCGGUAUCAACUUUGCCUCUGAUUGUAAUGACUCUGAAUAUAGCUUUCAUAUCAUCCAGUUGUCCUGACAAUACAUGGCUGAGGGUCGAUAAAACUUUAAAAAGUGCAGUUCGGUGCGUCAAAGGAUUCAGCACGCCCAAGUCGUGGCAGGAAGCUUCCAGCACGUGCAGAAUAUUUCAUGGAAAUCUUUUGAGUUUCGACACAGACUAUCGUUAUGGCAACACACCUGCAACCUUUGAUUAUAUAGAAUUUUGGACUGGGAUGUAUGUUACCAAGGACAGAUUCAAGGUACCACUUCUGGACGGAGUUCCACCCAGACGAGUCAAUGAAACUUAUUAUAACAGAUCACCCAAAACUUGGCAGUGGGCAGGUGCUGAACCUAAGCUUGAUAGCGGAUGUCAAAUGAUGACUGGAGGCACUGGAAAUCACACUGCUUACCUCGAGAGCUGCGAUCGACUCCUGCCGUUCUUCUGCUCAGCACCAGAUACUUUUCCAUUUCAGACCUCGCUAUGUUUAAAUGGCAGUCUGUCCUCUGGGCUAUGUUACACGGUGUACCAGAGGCCAAUGGCAUAUAAUGAGGCCGUUAGUAAGUGCCAGAAGGAAGGCGGGGCGAUUGCAAUAUAUGAUGGUACCAACAAGGACAUAUUGUCAAGCACAGUGUUAAAUACCGGAUCAAUUUUUGAAGCAGAGGUAAGAAGUUACUUUAUCAACGGAAGCUCCAUGACAGGAAUGGUAGACGGAUCGGGUGGAGGGAAUGACAAUGGACAGGAUCUGUGUUUUACCUUGAACAUGAAUGAUGUUUACAUCGACCAAAUACCUUGUGACACACAGAUAGGAGUUAUAUGUCAGAAAAAACUCGUUACUCCGCCUGCUCAAGAUGAUGAUAAACCUAUUUUACAAUCAACAGAAGGUGCAACUAACGCCAUGGAUGUUUACAUUCAGUGUCGUUUAAACAGGAAUUUAAGAGAAUUUGAGAAAAUAGUGAUUUAUCGUGAUGGUGUCCCACAGGAUCCGUUCCUUAUUGAGACAAACGGUUCUAUAUCAGAAACACAAUCUUUUGACGACAGAGCUAUUGCUGAUUACUGGUGUGAAUUACAAAGUACUAGAACUUCCGAAAGAUCUCGGUCCGAUACAAUCAGAUUUUCAUUUACACGAUGGUCUCAAUUAAUAUAUCGUGGGUAUGUGAAUUUUAGUAUCCCACAAGACAAGCUUACCAUCUCUCUCCAUAAUCUCGGGUUUUGGCAGGCGAGCAAAUACUUGCAGAGAGCUUCCUUUAUCACCGAAAUUCUCGGUUCCUUAUUUGGUAAUGCAGUUCAACAAAUCAGUGUCCUCCAAGAAGCUCCCAUUUUGUUUACUCGAGAUUUUGUACGUGGAAAUUACAAAAUUGAGAAAAUCAGUGAAGAUGGCCUCUCUGUUGGUUUUUCUUUUUAUUUCCUAAUAAACACCCUUGUUAUGGAACAGCCUGGAUGGUUUACAGUAGGAAAAGACCAAUUUGUUUUGAACAAGUUGAAAGAAACGAUCGAGACUGUUCUCGGUAGUUCGCCAUCGAGGAGAAGGAAAAGACAAGGAGGAAUGUUCUUGCCAAAUAUUGUCAUGUUCAGCACAGAAUCCUGCACGCCGUUCGAUGUCUAUGACUUAGAUUUGAUGAGAAGCAUUGGCUUUGGAGCUGUGCUAGCAGGUGCCGUAGCAUCAUCAAAGGAGAUUUGUAUCACGGAUAGACGACCAUUAGCAAAUGUCACGUGCAUUGGAUCAUUUUAUAGUGGGGCAUCUUAUGGGGAAAUUAGGAUCAACCAGAAGUGUGUCUUUGAUACUACUACGGAUUCUAGCUCUUCAACGCAAACUUUGCAAACACUGGCAGAGGUCAACAUCACUGCUGCCAAUGUGACCGAGACAUUGGACGAAACCUACAACCUUACUCGUGUAGAUAACCUAUCGAGUCUGGACGUGAUAUAUACGGCAUCAAUAUUGACCAGUGUGGCCGCAUCUACAGAUAGAUUCGACAAAAAGGAUGUUGAGACAGCUGCUGAUAUUGUAAAUACCAUGAUAGGUUUAAGUAAUGACAUAUUGACGCAAGCGCAGGACACCGGAAGUGGAACUACGAGGCUUGUCGAGGCACUGGAAACCAUUACUAACAACAUAAUUCUUGAUCAGACAAAUUCAGCAAGUAUUGUUCGUCCAUUUGUUGCCUCCGAGAUCAGGCAGUUCACAGGCGACUCGAACUUAGUGGUCGGUCUUCAAUACAAAUAUUCUUCUGAGACUACAACAAUAACAAACAACUCCCUCAUUGUAUUAGAGGAUGAAGCGAACAUUGAUAUCUCUGUUACUGAUGCUGCGAUAAUACUGCCGAAGUCUUUACUUCAAAGUGCCAAUACGAACCGCCUGCUCCUGCAGAUCUAUCCUUCUACGAAGUUGUUCAAAACCAUCAGUUCCAAGAAACGUUUUGUAGCACAUGGUAACAUUGCUGCAGCAACACUCACUCAAGAUCAGAUAAGAAUAUUGGACCUGGGCCAAAACCAAGUGAAAACCAUAUUUAAGCCAUUUCAGCAAACGGAAGGGCUUGUCUGUGGAUAUUGGGAUUAUGAGAAGAACGAUAACUCUGGCGGCUGGGCAACUGAAGGAUGCAGGCUACAAAGCCAGACGGGAGAGAGAGCAAUAUGUGUGUGUGACCAUCUCACGAACUUUGCCAUUCUUAUAGAUUUUGAAGCACAGGGGAAUUACGUGGAAGCCCAUCAGCUCGCUUUAAGUGUCAUCACAAUCGUUGGGCUUGUGUUGUCAAUCAUAGGUUUGAGCUUUACGGUCAUCUGCUUCCUCAUAUUCAAGCCAUUGCGGAAAACCCGAGGACAGAAAGUAUUAUUUCAGUUGGCUAUAUCUAUGCUUUGUUCAUGGGUGGUAUUCCUGGCAGGAGUCGAACAAACAUCGGAUUACAACGGAUGUAUAGCAGUAGCUAUACUUCUGCAUUACUUUAUUCUUGUCACCUUUAUGUGGCUACUAGUUGAAGGCUUGCUGCAGUACCUCCGUUUCGUCAAAGUUCUGGGAACAUACAUUCCAAGGUUUAUGCUGAAGGCGUCAAUCUUUGCUUGGGGUGUGCCUACUAUACCAGUGAUUGUAGUGUGCGCUAUUGACUAUCGUCUGUACGACGGCGGUGUUUACUACUGCUGGAUGUCACUUCAACCCUUUUACUAUGCAUUUGCUUUGCCCGUUGGACUGGUCAUUUUGAUCAACAUUAUCGUCUUUAUUCUGGUCAUCGUUAACAUCUUGCGUAGACCAGCAGGUCUGCAAUCUAACCAGUCGGAACGGAAACGGGCUCUGAUGAAUUUCUGGGCAGCAAUUUCCAUAUUUGUCCUGUUGGGUCUCACCUGGAUAUUUGGAUAUAUGGCAAUCGAGGACGCGCGAAUUCCAUUUCAAUACAUAUUUACCAUUUGCAACGCGUUUCAAGGAUUUUUUAUCUUCUUGCUGUUUAUCACCCGCGACCCACAAGUCAGAAAGGAAUGGACAGCUAUGUGUUGUGAAAAGAAGAAAGAUCACACCAGAUACGAUUCAACAACAGGUUCACGGUCAAAAGACGCAACCGCAUUUUCAGAUCUCUCUUCUUCCAAGAGGCCUAGCUUAACUUAA